UAUUAUAAACUUUCUAURCGGUCUUGUAAACAGCUCAAACUAAUCGAGCAAUUUUGAAACUCCUUAAAACCCUGAAAAAAGUUUCGGCAGCGUCUUCUACCUUCGUCAGUUGCAACUUGUACAUUAAUGAGCGAAAAGAAGGGAACGGGGAACCCUCUUCAAAAUGAAAGUCCAAGCGAAGACUAAGACCAUGAAUUAUUCGAAGAUGUAAGAAGCUGUGGCUGUCGUUUGUUCAACAUUCUUUUUGUCUUUUAUUAGCUGGUGACAACUCAAGGAUAUUGCAGGUAUGGCCAGUGCUCCAGCAGAUCCAAGUGAGAUAUUGCGAUCUUCAACAGAGAAGAAUAAUUACACGAGACUAACAAGACUCUUGAUAGAAGGAGGAACGGUUAUCUUAAGAGAAUUAUUGGACAUCAUAAUCCCUCCCCACCAUUUUGCACAUGUAUUGAUGUUCCCAAUAGUACUCGGAAGAUUGGAAUUGCUGAGAGAUAGGCAUAUAAUAACUUCUGAGCAGUGGAAAUCUCUUUUCCCAACCGACACUUCUUGCGGAAAAUCUACUGAUUUUGAUAUAACUUUGUUAUUCAAACUGCUGAGAGAAUUCUGUAGCUUGACUUCACCACCUAAUGGAUGGGACAAGCUUCCUGACGACACAGAUUUGGCUUUACCAGCCGAUCUAGCGAGGAUCAAGUAUUAUCGGAAUGUUGUUUACGCUCAUAGAGCCAAAAUAGAGCUGGAUGACAAUUGGGAAACUGCGAUUAAAAAGCUCCUGAAAGAUCCUCUAGACAUCCAGAAAAGCCAUGAAGAGAACGAGAAGUUAAAGAUUUGGUGCAUUGAUGAUCCUGGUGUUCCGCAAACGCUUCCAGAUUUAAGAGAUGAGAAUGCGAAAUUGAAAAAUCAAGAAACUCGGUUGGAGUCUUCUUUAGGUUAGUAUUCAACAAAUUACUAUCAAACGUAUUCAUUUACAGUAACCUUGUCAGUAAUGGGACAUUUUACAGCACAUUAACGUCACGCGUGACCAGUAAUUCUGGAAAUUCAAAUGUAGCUUUCAAGACUUUAUGUUUAAAUUUCAAAUCUCCAAUCUAUUC